GGCUAAUAUUGUGGGUAGAUGCCACGCGGGGGUGAUGCGGGGUUGUCCGAAGGGACCCGGAGAAAAAGACCUUUGAUUCUUAUUGGGGCAAGGAGGGUUGAGCGCAUGCUCAGUGGCUGUGCUUCCUCCGCUCGGGUCUGCGCGAUGUCUCCGGUAUUUUCCAAGCCCGAAUCGGGGCCCCUGCCCCAGAAGUUGCUCGCGCGUUACUUGCUCCUGCUGCGCCUCUACCCGGUGCUCACUAAAGCCGUGUCCAGUGCCCUUCUGUCGGCUCUCAGCCUCCUGUCUCAGAUCAUUGAGAAGAGCCGGAAAAAGAAAGGCCCUUCGAGGAGUUUCGACUUGGGCGAGCCUUUGAGAUUUGCCACCUAUGGGCAGGUGUUGCUACUCCAUGCAGCCACAUUGGUUCUCACUUUACAGAUGGUAACCGUGGAUGAGGUCUGGCCAUUUGCCAAAGUAAUCCUGAAUCGCCUGCUUUGGCAGCCCGCUGAGUUUUUCCUCUCUCUGUUCUCGGUUUUCUUCUCCCCCCAGUUCCGAGUGCUGUUUGGAAACCUGGUGGCCCUCUUCUGGUUUGCCUACCUGGCCUCUGUCAAGAAGUGACUGUGCGGGAGUGCCGUGGGUUUGGGCUCAGCAGCUCCCUCUGGUGGAGAAACCCGACCUUUGUGCUUGGUGGGAGGAGCGCAAAAAGGCGGUUCUGCCCCGGGGAGAAAUGAUUGCUGGCGCACUCCAGGAGCUCUGCGACGAUUCCCACUCCCUGUAAUCCAAGCUGCUACUUUCUCCUCACAAUUUCUGGAGCCUGGCGAAAGGGCCCCGCUCACUUUGAGAGCUGUGAUUCUUACCAUCUCACUUGUCCUAACAAUCACACACCUAACUGAGCCUUUAUUGGUUUUCAUUUAUUUUAAUUUUGUUUCUAAUUUGUGCUGAGGCAGCAGCAGGCAAUAACGGUUUUUUUUUAAAAAUGGUGCUUAAUAGAAUGGGUGAAACUGUGCCCUGGGAUCGGGGGAAACCAACACAAGCCUUUUUUUUUUUUUGGUCUCUGAAAACGAAAAGGAAUAAAACUUUAAAAAUCUUUUAAAUGGCAAACAAAAUGCCUG